GUAGACUAGCGGGUAUCUAAGUUCGUGCUUUAGCUCAAGGUUUAUCUCUUCGAUGUUCAGCGUCACGUUGAUAGAUAGGUCACUUAGUAGUAUGUUGGUGGCGGGGGAUAAGUAUCUCAAAUUUUCCACCUUUUAUCUUCCCUUUCCAGUCUCUUAUCUCUCUAUCUCUUGGUCUGCGAGUCAUUUUCUUUUUAUUUCACAGUGACGCUCUGAGAAGCUAUGUCUUUGCAGCGCGUUGCGUCCCUCGAGACCUUUGUAAAUGUCCCUUCGGAGGGCCACAGAUCGAGGCGGGGUUCUGUUUCCUCGGUUGCGGCCUCUGAGAGGGCUCGCAAGCUUACCUUCAACCCGCUUCCAGAGUCGUGGAAUCCGGUCUUUGAUGAUCAUGAAGAGGAUCAGCUAGGCCAGUCCCGCGGGGCUUUUGAAGUUCCGCAAUGGAAACGUAUACUCCAAGUUGUUGUUAUGGUCGUGAUCUGCCUUUUUGCAGCCGGAAUAGUGUUUGGAUAUGCUGCUUUAAAACCGGUCUUGAAAAAAGAAGGUGCAUAUCAAGAUAUGUGUGAUGGCGGAGAUACUUGUGUGGAAAUUCAUCUCAAUCUCAUGUUCACCGUUGCGGCUGUCGCUACCAAUGUUGCUGCUCUGCCCGUCGGUGCGAUCUUAGAUCACUAUGGUCCUCGAAUCUGCGGAAUGACCGGUGCUAUUUUUCUAAGCAUUGGUGCACUCCUCAUGUCGUUUGCUAGAAGCUUACCUUUUGACGCGUUCCUCCUUGGCUACCUCUUCCUUGCACUAGGCGGGCCAUUUACAUAUAUAUCCGCCUUCCAACUUUCCAAUGCUUUCCCCCGACACUCCGGCUUGAUAUUGGCACUACUUACAGGAGCAUUUGAUGCAUCGAGCGCAUUGUUUCUCGUUUACCGUAUCAUCUACCUAAAGACGGAGGGCUCUUUUGGACAUCACAAGUUCUUCCUAGGUUACCUUGUAGUGCCGGUAGUAAUUCUUAUCGUCCAAUUCACGAUACUCCCGAAGCAGUCUUAUAAGACUAUGGGAGAAAUGAUCGAGGAAUACGAGGCGCCUCCAUUCGGCGAUGCUUCUGCUAUUUCUAUAACUGUGAAUGCUGACGACCAGGUGGACGAACAGACUGCACUCUUACGAGAGGAACGGAGGGAGCAUCAGGAAAGCAUUGCGCAGGACAUCGAGGACCUACUAGGUUCCGAUGAAGCAGACAAAGACAAACAAGCUCAGCGCGAGGAGGCUAAAAAUGAGAAGAGUGGCGUGUGGGGCAUAAUGCAUACAAACACGGCAUUAGAACAGAUCCGUUCGCCUUGGUUUAUACUGAUAUGUCUGUUUACCGUUGUGCAGAUGACCCGGAUCAACUACUUCGUCGCAACCAUCCGGCCGCAGUACGAAGCGAUCUUUGGUUCGACGGAAAAGGCCAUCGAGAUCAACAAUUUCUUCGACCUUGCGCUACCUUUAGGCGGCAUAAUCUCUAUCCCAUUUAUAGGAGCUAUCUUAGACCACACCAGCACCGUCGCCGUUCUCUCGACCCUCGUCGUAGUCGCCACGACGAUCGGGGUCUUAGGUGUGCUGCCGUACACAUGGGCCGCGUACGCGAACAUCGUGCUGUUCGUGCUGUACCGGCCUUUCUACUACACGGCCGUCAGCGAUUACAGCGCCAAGGUGUUCGGCUUCCGCACGUUUGGCACGGUCUACGGGACUAUCAUCUGUCUCUCCGGCUUAUUCAACUUCAGCCAGAGCGCGCUGGAUUACCUGUUCCACCGCACUUUCCGCGGCGACCCAGUGCCGGUGAACUUGCUUUUGCUGGCACUGGGCUUGGUUAUUGGGAUUUGCCUUGUAGGGUUCGUGGCUAUUAAGGCGAGGAGCUUGAGUUUGAAGAGGGCUGCUGGGUUUGGUCGCGGGGAGUUUUGAGGGGGAUUCUUGGAUCUUGCAUGGCGAUUUUUUUUUUAAUUUUGCUUUUGUCGGGUGAUGCAUAGGGGGCUUGUUACUUCGUAUAUCUUGGCUAUGUCUUAGGCCUGGCGUUUUUUAUACAGUGCCUAGGUUGGUAGGUAUACUUCCUGUUUAAGAUACGAUUAUGAAGAAUAAAAGCAAAAACAUAGAUACCCAUAAC